AUGACAUUAACGAUAAAAAUGACAUUAACGAUGAAAGUAACGCUGGGAAUCUUGAGAACAUCAACACUUCAGACGCUCCAACAGCCAUACAAUCUGCCCUCUGAAAACAUCAGAACACCACGCAACUUAUGUCACGCCAUCUUCCUCCUCUGCCUACAUACCGUUACUGAAUUUGACUCACCCUCAGCUACAGCGACGACGACUACAACGACGACAACAACUUCGUCAACAACAACAACAACCUUCAAAUCCAACCUGACGGACUACUGCCCUUACGACUACUUCACAGCAACCUGUCCGGAAGACAGUCUGAUCAUUAUGACGGAAGCGAACUACGGAAGAAUGCGACAGGGACUCUGCAUCAACGAGCACAGCAUCGGCUGCACAGCGGACAUCAUCAAUUACAUGGAUUCCAUCUGUUCCGGCAAACCCAAAUGUCAAGUGGGAGUCUCGGAUCAUUCCAUGCACCGUCUGCAGACUUGCGCUAAGGAUAUGCUAAGCUACUUGCAGGCUUCCUAUAUUUGUGUUUAUGGCUACCUGGCUUCCUACUACACCCACAAAAUGGGGCAGGGCACCGAGGCCUGUCCCUGGAAGAUUGAGGUCAAACCAGGUCAACAAAUUCAGCUGGUUCUUCUUGAUUUUUCCAUCGCCAAUCGCUACAAAACAGAUAUGCGUGAGGUGAACAUAAACAACAACAACCACAACAACCAUCAUCAUCAUCUCCAACACUUAAGCAGCAACAACAUCAACAACAUCGAUGACAACAAUCAUGAUCACAACCAGCGUCAUCAACAUCCAAUCGUAAGCGACUACUGCCAUGUUUACGCUCACGUAGUUGAACCCGAAAUAACGAGCGGCGCCGACCGGAAAUGGAACGUCUGUGCCGGAAGUAGUCGUUCCAGUGUUGUUUACACGUCACGCACGAAUCGAGUUUUAGUGGAAGUAUCGGAAUAUGUGGUGGUUGAGAGGCAGAUCAACUUUAUGAUCAAGUACAAAAGUACGUCUCUGUCUGCGUCUGUGCCUGCUUGA